UUUAUGAAGUUAUUAGGGAAAAAUAUUUCAAAGUCAAAGUCAUCUCUUUCCCUUUAUCUGAUAUGAGGAAAUCUUCAACUUCACUCGAUUUCAAUAACUUUGAGAAGGCUUAUAAGCAUAAAACUAUUGCUGAAUUAGUUAACGCGCUUUUAGUUCUUCGCGUAUGUCGCGUGCGCAAGAUAGUGUCGAAUGCCCGAUACUUAGUUACCUUAUCAUAUAAAAUACUAGGUGAGACGAUAACAAAUUGGAUCCUCAGAAAAACUUUUUAUAAGCAUUUUUGUGGAGGCAUAGACGAAGCGGAGGUAAAACUUACCAUGAAUCGUUUAAAAAAGGUUAACAUAGGAACUGUUUUAGAUUAUGCCGCCGAGGCAGAAGUAGAAGAGAGGCACACUGUUCCUGGAGGCGGAGACGUUUCUCAAGAUAAAGUGUCUGCUAGAAUUUACCGCUAUGAAGACGAGAAAAACUGUGAUGUUAACGCUGAGAUCGCUCUGCGGGCAGUCACAAGCUCUGCUCAACACGAAUCUGAUGGGUUUGCAGCGCUUAAAAUUACUGCCCUGACUAAACCUGAACUUUUAGAGCAUAUGAGUUUGGUAAUAAAGGAAACAAAGGCUUUGUUUAGUUCUCUUGUUUCUUCUAAAGAAACAGAGGAAUCUAAAGAAAAAACUCUGACUCUUGCUGAAUUUUCGAAAUCUUUAAAACAGUUAAAAUUUCAAAUAUCUCAAGAGCAAAUCAACACUAUUUUUAAGAAAAUAAAUACCAGCAAGACUGGUGCAAUAAAAUAUGAUGAGUGGAUCAGUUACCUUGAACCAACAACUUUGUCUAUGGGCGUCUUGUCCAACUUUCGUAAUACUCCUAGCUUGGAUGAAGUUUCUAUUGGAAGAGUGAAAAAUAUGUUUAAUCGUUUGGAGAUGAUAAUAUCUUGUGCUCAGAGAAACAAAGUGAAAUUGCUUAUAGACGCUGAACAAUCCUACAUUCAGCCCGCCAUUGAUCACUUGACACUUUCUCUCCAGCGCAAAUACAAUAAGGAGACCCCUUUGAUUUAUACUACCAUUCAGGGUUAUUUAAAAAAUUCACACGAAAACUGUAAAACUAGCCUUAACCUCGCUAAGCGGGAAGGUUGGGUUUUCGCCUGCAAGCUGGUGCGCGGCGCUUAUCUAGUCCAUGAGCGCGCGAGGUGCCAACAGUUCUGCUAUGAUUGCCCGGUAUUUUCCAGUGUUGAAGAAACGCACAAAAAUUAUAAUGACAUUGCUUUACUGCUUUUAUCGGAGUACCCUCGUUGUAAGUUUAUGAUCGCCUCACACAACGAAGACUCGGCUCUUCUUAUCUGUAGAGAAAUGGAUAAAAGGAAUAUUUCAAAAGCUGAAGGUGGAAUUUGUUUUGGUCAGCUGCUUGGGAUGAGUGAUCAUAUUACGUAUAACUUAAGUCAGGCUGGUUAUAAGGCAUACAAAUACGUGCCAUACGGCCCGGUGAAAGAAGUUCUUCCUUAUUUAAUUAGACGAGCAGAGGAAAACUCUGGUCUGUUGGAUUCUACUACUAAGGAAAUGUCUUUUAUUAGAAAGGAGCUUUAUAGGCGUUUUAGAUUUUGGUAA